UCUUAAAAAUUUUAACAAAUUUAACGGUUUUUCUUCAAACAUUCUGUGACUUGUAGUUAUUGAGAGCAAAUAUGUGUGUUACAUUGGUGAGAGUGUGUGUGUGUAUGCCUACUACUAUGUCAAUGGAGUAAAAUAGCACAAAGUAGUAAUUAUGAAACAAUGGCGAAAAUCUUAUCGACAUUCAAAGCGAUUUUGACGCGUAUGUUCUUCGGCGCGCACAGCAUCCUAGCUAUUUGGCAAGUGACCGUCAAUACCAGAAACUACAUCUAUUGGUCACUAUGUGCACCGCUGGUGUUGCUUCUGCUCGAAGGCAUCUUCACGCUGAUGAUCAAGAAGACGCAGGAAUGGCGGUGGUUUUGCCCUUCGGUAUUUUUAUAUCUAAGCAGCAUUGUUCCGGCUAUUUGGUUGUUAGAAUUAGAUCAAGUGGCGCGUAAGCUCAACAAUACAAAUGGCAACAAUAAUAGCAGCAAUGAAAACAUUUUACAAGAGGUUGCUGAGAAUUUAGAUUUGCCAGCAUUUAACAUAGAACCGGAUACAUGGAUAACAUUGAUCGAGCAAUUUUUGAUGUUAAUUCUAAUUGUGGGCCGUUGGAUGUUGCCAAAAGGCGAUUUGACACGCGAUCAGCUAAGUCAGCUGCUGCUCGUUUAUAUAGGCACCGCUGCGGACAUCAUGGAGUUUUUCGAAUCCUACAAAGAUGUCAACAUUAUAAAAAUACCUCUCUUGGUAUUUCUCACCUUGGGCAUUUGGUCCUGGAGUUUGAUGCAAUUCACUAUUGUUUUAUCGGCGACGAGAGCGCGUCGACCAAGAGGCGGUGGUCUAAAUCGAAGUGACGAAACCACCGAUUGCUGUGAUGGCUGUUGUUGUGGCAUCGAUAUCUGGGCCAUUGUGCUCAAUGUGAUAUUGCAGGAUGCGCCAUUCCUAACGCUGCGCAUGCUUAUAAUUUUUCAAUAUAAGAUUCUUAAUUAUAUGAGCGUGUUUUUUACAUGUAAAAACACCUUGGUAAUUGUGCUGCAGCUCUAUCGUCUCUAUGUAGUAAAUGCCGAGUUCUGGAAGAAUCGUCGCGAACAAAAGUCCGGAGGCGACAAGUCACAACAUUAUAAGUCGCGUCGCCGCGCCCAAGAUGCUGAUGCUAACAGCAUUUACAUGAUAUCCACUGAGCGUGGUACUGAUGUCAAGCGAAAGAUACAAAAAGCGCGCGAUUAUGCCGAAGAUGAGUUCAUUACGCGAAAAAAGAACAAAAAGGAUAAAUCGAAGAAACAUAAGCGCAAGGAUACCGGCUACUCCACAGCUAGUUCGCAGAAUCUCUACUCUACAAAAUUAGUGGACGAACGCAACAAUCGUCAAAAGGAAAAGAAGGCUGGCAAAAAGUCGAAGAAACGCGAUCGCAGCAAUUCAUCCAUUGAGAGUGACAUUGUUGAAGCGAAGAAGUCAAAACGUGGCGCCACAGCUGGGAGCAGCGGCGGCGGUGGCGGCGGCGGUAAAAAAUCGGAUAAGAAGAACAAGAAAAAAAAACCGACAAAAAUUGAACCCGUCUUGGAGGAGACAAGCAGCUCCAGUUCGUCUACAACAACGAGCAGUUCAUCGGAUUCCAGUAAUUCGACAUUGCCCACUUAUGAGGUGAUCUCGGAGCGUAAAUUGAAACGUCUCAAACGAUCACGCAGCACUUCGGAGAGCACAUCAACAGAUUCGUCGGAUACAACGACUUCGUCAUCCUCGACGUCGUCAUCGUCAUCGUCUUCGUCGUAAAUGUCCUUACAGGCCAAUAUUUGAAAGUAAAUAGUCGUUGCAAAUAUACUAUUUGCUGUUAUGUAUUGCUGUAGCAUUGGUGACGUUACGCAUUUGUAACUAAAUACAUACAUGCGUAUAUAUGUAUUUGCAUGUUUGUAUGAAAACGGAAGUGAAAAUUUUGAAAAGAGUUAAACAAUGAUUGGUAACAUCUCGAAAAUGUGUGUUUCGAUUGUUUUUUGUAUACCCACAAACUUGAGGAUUUGAAGUCAAAAAAGUGGUUUUGUAUGCUUAAAUAAAAUUUUUUUAUUUUUGUGAAAAAAAAAUUGUAAGAAAGAUAUGUGAUGCCUUUGUGGCGCCACAAGCGAUAUUUUGUACGAUUUAUACGCUUUUUUGUAAUGAAAAAAUCGUUUUAAGUAAAAAAAUUUAAUUUUUUGUAUGUAUGUAUGUAUUGCAUUCAUGUGCACUUAUAGUUUUAAGCGAAUUUAAGCUAGUGCUUGCGAUAAGUGAAUUUGUAAUUAAUAAAGUUGUUGCUUUUGAAUACGGCAAUGACAGUUUGU